AUGGCCGCGCUGCGAAGGCACGUGUUUGUUGGAAAAGUACUGAAGAAACUUUAUCCUGAGGUUUCCCACGGCCAAGAAAAGAGGGCCCCUGUGACUCCAGCCUCCAGAAACCCACCUGAGAAAGUGCCUCCUGAGAGAGUGAAGGACCAGAGCAACCCUCCUGAGACAGGUUGUGACACUCGGGUCCAGCCCACGAGGCGGCUCUAUACCGUGGGCCUGCCUCCCGAGGGGUGGGUCCCCCCUCCACCGGAGCCCCCGAGUUGCUCAAGUUCAGAGAGCUCUUCCAGCAGCGAGGACACAGGAGAUCAGGAUCUUCACGAUCUGCCAAAGAGAAGAAGAAUUAGAAAGCAUAAAUCAAAGAAAAAAUUUAAAAAUCCCAAUAACAUUCAUGUAGAACCAGCAGAAUCAGAGAAACAGCAGAGUCUUCUGCAAGAAAAAUUGCAGCCACGGCACACAGAUGGCCCCACAAUAAGCAAAAAUAAAAAAAGGAAACUCAAAAAGAAACAGCAAAUGCAAAGGAAGAAGGCAGCUGGCUCACUAACAGGAGCCUCUGGCGUGCACUUCAUGUACCAGCCUGAGGAGACCAGCAGUGAGCAGGAGGAUGUGCCAGUGACUGAUGGAGAGUGCGCUGGGGGGGCCACGGGGGGCGGGGCUUCAGGCGCUGUGGAGGAGAGGAUCCUGCCCCUUGAGGAGGGUGGAGUCCCGGAUGCUGAGGAGGAAGAGGUGAAAAGUACCAAUGAAAAGGCAGAUGGUAUCCUGAACUUUUUGAAGUCAACACAAGAAAUUUAUUUUUAUGAUGAUGUCUCCAAGGAUUCCAAUUCUGGUGUCUUUAUGGAAAGUACCAACGAGCUAUUUAAACAACUAGAAACUCACAGUGUGUCCCCCUCAGACGUAUUCAUUCUGGAUCACAUGAAAACGCUGCUACUUUUGCACGACACCAAGAGAUUGAAGAGUGCCCUGGACCUGUUCCCGGAACACUGCAGGAUGCCAGCCGAAUAUGCCCAAGUAAUCUUAGCUUUCUUUAAUUACUGGAUCACACAUAUCCUUCCUGAGAAAAAUGAUGAAUGA